AUGCUUGGGGAUUGUCAAGCUACAUUGAUGUUUUUAAAGAUCAUGGACUUAAACAAGAUACAUCUAGUAUCUUGUUUAAGUAUGCUUGACGAAAAUAUGCUUAAAGAAAUAGUUCCAAAAAUCGGCGAUAGAGCCAAGCUAAAAUCAAAUAUUAAUGAUUGGCGUAAGAUAUUAGAUAUGACCAAUGAUAAAGUAAAUUUUUUGAAUAUUUCAAAUGAUUACCCUCAAGAUCUAAAUAUAAGUAUUACACCACCAUUAACUAUUCCUGAAUUUGAAGAAAAUAUUUUAACUACAAACACUGAUAAUGAAUCUGUAGUUUUGGAUAGCGAAACAUCAACACAUUCUUCUAUAGAUAGUAAAACAGAUGAGGGUCUUCCACUACUAGAUUAUUUAAAAAAAAAUUCUGAAGGUCGUGCUAUUUUGGCAUCCAAUAAAACGACACUGGACAAUGCUGCCAGAAGAAAACUGUGCAGUAUUAUAGUAAGAAUGGAACUACAAGACGACCCAGAAAAACAAUUUAAAACUCCACGUUUACUGAGUCUUUCACAAGAAAUCGUUAAAAUUUUUCCAGGCGAACAUAUAAGUACAUAUUUUAUUCCGUACAUAAAUUAUGGUCCCAUGUUAAAAAAGUCUGCUAAAGGGAUACUUUUAGACUGUUUUAACAACAGGAGGAGGGAAUAUAAGAAAGUGGGAUUAAUUGCUAACUCUCCUAAGCAUACAGACCAUUCACUCCCAAAAUCAGCACUACUACUAGCUAGUACCCAACCAGUUGUUUAUACUGAUAGUGAAAAUGUUGAUGAAUCUUUAUCGUGGCUCCACAAUUCUUCUGACCCAUGGGAUCUUGUUGUAAAACAUUGGUCGAUUACAAGAGCCACACGUUUAAAAAAAUUUUGGACUCAAAUUCUGAAGAGAUAUCCAUAGGUGAUUACAUGAAGGAGUAUCCAGCAUUACAAAAACCAGCAGGAUAUAAUCUUUUGAUUGAUGAUUUUAACUUCAUACAUCCUGACAAAAUAAACAGCCUUUAUGAAACAUUUCCAUUGUAUAAAACAAAAAUUUUAGAAUUAGCAAAAACUGCAUUGUUAAAAUUAAGAGACAAUACCAUAAAAG